AUGGCACCAACAAGCUGGACCUGGACCUACUUCUGUCAAGGCAAGAGACGCUACCAGAAGAACAAGACAAACUACGAAGCAUACUGUCGAGGAUGUGUAAUGCACUGGACGGAGAAUCUGGAGGAAGCUGACCAACAAGCGGUGGCGGAAGGAGAGAGUGUUCUGUUAGUCCGAGACAAGGGUGAAUUUAUAAGGCCGCCAAUGUGUGGCCGCCCUUCAACAUUUCGAGCCCAUAUUCGAAAAUGUCCCUAUGUGGCUGCAGAGGCCAAACAGAAACUUGCUGAGGAAGAUUCUGCUAGGAACCCACCCAAUGAGCCAAACGGUUUGGGUCCUGAUUUGGGUGUACCAUCAGCCCUGCUGCCUGCUGUUGACUCGUCUCACACCUCAGCUUCCUUCCUGCCACCAGACCAUGGCAUCCAGAUUCGUGCUCCUCUUAACCUCACUCCUGCCGAGACUGAAAUCUUUCAAGCCAAAAUCCUCCGCCUCUUUAUUGCCAAUAAUAUUGCCCUUCGUGCUAUUGACUCAGUUGAAACUUGGCUUUUUUUCAACCAAUAUUUCCCUGGUGCCCCUUUGCCUACUCGACAAGCCCUUGCUGGACGAAUUCUCAAGGAGGCGGUUCGGAAGUCGGAGGAGAAUAUGGUCAAGGCUGUGUAUGGUAAAAUGGCUACGGGGUUGAGCGAUGGGUGGAAGGACAAACGGAAACGUGCGCUAUUGGCAUAUAUGGCUAAUGUCAAUGCUACGGCUUAUACUGUUGGCAUCAAGGAUAUUUCGGCACUCCCCAAGACCGCUGAGAAUCACCUCAAAGUUGUGAAGGAGGCAAUCAAACAAUGCAAGGAAGAUCUGGGUAUGAAUAUUGUUGGAUGGGUGUCUGAUGCUGGAGGCGAUUCGCGUGGUAUGAGGAUUUGUCUGGGAAAAGAGCAUCCAGAACUGCUUCUAUUUGAUUGUUGGGCUCAUCAGAUUCAGUUGGUUGUUGGCGAUGUCCUCAAGCUCAAGAAUGAUCUUGUUGCUGCAGGCGACGAUGCACAAGAGAUUGCGAAAUGGUUUAUAUUGCAUAGCCAAGCACUCGGGCUUCUCCACGACGAACAGGUGAAGGCAACCGGUCGAUCUCGCAUGUAUACGGUCCCAAACCUCACUCGUUGGACAAGCCACUACAUUACUGCACAAGGACUUCUCGACGACCGCGGUCCGUUGCAAGCAACUGUUGCUUUGCACCGUGAUCGACUGAUGCAGAUUGGAUCACGGGAUCCUGAGCGUACCAAACGUGUUCUUGCCGCUGUUGAACAACCCGAGUUCUGGAGGAGGCUUGGAGAACUUACUUCAUAUCUUCGACCCCUGGCUAUAGCGUUAAACAUUGCUCAGGCUGCUGAUACACGCCUCUAUCAUAUUCUCGUCACUCUUGGCCGGUUGUAUCAACUUUUCGACGACCCAAAUAUCGAUCCCGAGGUUCGAAUCCGCGUGCUUGCUAGUCUCGAGCUUCGGUGGCGAAAGUCAGAUCAGGAUGCUUUCAUUUUGGCUAUCUUCUUCCACCCAUAUAUCCGGUGUCGUCUCUUCAGCCCAAACAGCCCCGAUUUUUGCGCCAAUGCGCUUUACACUGUUGUUCAACGAGUCUUCGAGCGUGUUUUUCAGAAAGCCUCGGAAUGGUGCGAUUUAACAUGGAAUUACUAUAGGGCAAGGAUAUUAAUCUCGACGCAAUUUGGUCAACACUUCCCUGCCCCGGAACGGUCAACACGGGUCGUCACCAGCUUGCCGAUUAUUCAGUCGUAUGGGGAAUAUUCAUACGAAGCUCCGAACCGAUUCAAUUUCAAGCGCGUACACGACAUUGCUACAGUCGCUAUGGACAUCGAUGCUCAACACCAAGCCGCUGGUCUCACUCGGAGCGAACGAGGCGACAUUUCGACAAUCCCUAACAAUGAUAGCAUUGACUCGGGAGACGAGGAGGAAGAGGAGCCAGGGGAGCAAAACCUAACUACCCUUGCCACGCAGUUCAACCAGCGCUUGACGAGGACAGCGAUGGGGACGAGGAGCUCCCCGUACCCUCUGCCGUUUCGAGCCAAACUCACACUCGCCCUCUUGAGGGUGUCGACGAGGGCUCGGGGUGUUCUGGAAGUUUGGAGUGUCUAA